CAUUGCGCGAGUCAAGGGUGAAAGGUCAACAUGCGCGAACGGAUAAGAGUGCGCGCAUCAUGUGAUAGUAUGAACCACGCCCCCUUUCCCUGCGAAAGUUCAUCUCUCCCCCUCUCCUCGUCUUUCCACGGUCAUCUCCCUGCUGGUGGGGUAUAACGGCGCCCAAACCGACAUGGCGGCCAUCGACUUUCUUGCGGAGGAGAACAUUUGCGGGCAGACGGUGCUGAAGCUGGUGAGCCGGGGAAACGCCAUCAUCGCCGAGCUGCUCCGUCUCUCCGACUUCAUCCCGCCCGUGUUCCGGCUAGAGUCACGUGAGGAGCAGGAGCGCUACCGCUUCAUCCUUCCCGACUUUUCCUACUUCGAGGGACCCGAGUACUACGAGACGAAGAUCGACUCCAACCCGGAGCUACAAGACAUUGACGAUGAAUUCCGUGAGAACCACAUCGAAAUCCUCACUCGAUUCUACAAAGUCUUUGAGAGUGUCCACAAAUAUGUCAUCGACCUCAACAGGUUCCUGGAGGAUCUGGAGGAGGGGGUGUACAUCCAACAGACACUAGAGAAUGUUCUGCUGAAUGAAGAUGGGAAACAGCUACUGUCGGAAGCGCUCUAUCUCUAUGGUGUGAUGCUCCUCAUCACGGACCUAAAGAUAGACGGCCUCCUCCGCGAGAGAAUGCUAGUGGCCUUCCAUCGCUAUAGCACCCAACACAUCAACGUCGACUCAAACAUCGACGACGUCUGCAAACUGCUCAGGAGUACGGGUCGUAUCCCCAUCUCAAAGGUGUACAUAGAGAUGGUGAUAGGGAGACUGAGAUCAGACGACAUCUACAGUCAGAUAUCGACGUACCCCAACCCGCAGCACCGCAGCACCGGGCUGGCGACACAGGCGGCCAUGUUGUACGUGGAGGAUUACUUGACUGAAGGGACUCUGGUGGCUGAUUUUGUGUUGGACAACGUGGUUGCCGACCAUCACAAGAGGUGUAAGCAGAUACGGGAGGAGGUGGUUGCCGCGGGAUACAAGCCGAAGAAGAUGUUUGUCUUUCUCUUAAACACGGCUCAGUUUGAGUUCCUACUGAAAGAGAUGUUCAAGAAGCUGAUGGACGAGAAGCAGGAGAAAUGGGAGGCGUUCAAGAAGGAGGGGUCGGAGAGGAUGACAGAACUGGGGGAGGUGUUCUCAGGGACCAAACCUCUGACUAGAGUGGAGAAGAAUGGCUGGUGGUCACGGAGAGUGGCGUCUCUCAGAUAUCUUCUCUCUCUUAUGACGACAUCCACGUCGGCCGGCAGGAAGAUCACCCAGCUGAUCCAGGCCAUGGAGGAGGUGCAGGAGUUCCACCAGUUGGAGAGUAACCUACAGCAUUUUAAAAAAACUUUCCUUGUGUGCAGUUACACAGGGUUCAUGCAGGAGUUCAUCAAGAGGCAGCCGUCGCUGGUCAUCAAAUUGAGAUCCACUUUCUUGAAGAUGUCUUCGCCCUGCAAUCUGCCGUGUCAGAGGAUCCUGGAGGCCAACAGCCCCGAUCUGGUCUCAGUGUCUGCCUACUAUUCCAGAGAACUGGUCGGAUACGUACGCCAGGUCCUACAGAUCAUCCCGCAGACCAUGUUCCAUGAGCUCCUCCAUCAGAUCAUCCACAUCCUCACACACCGAAUGAAGGAGGUCCCCACUCGUCUGGAGAAGGACAAGAUGAAGGAGUUUGCACAGCUCGACGAACGAUACGAUCACGCGCUCUAUCUAUCUUACUACUCUCACACUACAUCUCUCUCUCUAUCCUCUCCCUCUCUACAUCCUACUCUCUCCUCGCUACCUCUCCUCCCUCCAAAGGUGGCACUGACUCAUCUCGUAGAGUCGGUCUUCACGGAGGGAAUACUACUGAUGAAGACGACGCUAGUGGGCGUGGUCAAAGUGGACCCAAAGCAGCUACUUGAGGACGGGAUAAGGAAGGAAUUGGUGCAGCAGGUCGCCAGCGCUCUCCACCACAGCCUCAUCUUCAACCCCAAGGCCAAGACGUGCGAGUUGGAGCCGAAGUUGGUGGCGCUGUCGGAGAGAAUGAGUGGAUUCCGGAGGUCGUUUGAGUACAUCCAAGACUACGUCAACAUCUACGGUCUGAAGAUAUGGCAGGAAGAGGUUUCAAGAAUCAUCAACUAUAACGUCGAUCAAGAGUGCAAUUCCUUCCUCAGAACCAAGAUUCACGACUGGCAGUCUGUGUACCAGUCCACCACCAUCCCCAUUCCCCGGUUCCCACGCUCCGAUUCCGAGUCCGUCACCUUUGUCGGCCGACUGGCGAGAGAGAUCCUCCGCAUCACCGACACCAGGAGCACCAGCUACAUCGACCAGAUGGGUGCGUGGUACGACAAGAAGACGUCAGUUGAGGUUGUCAACAGCAGACUGUGGCUGCAACUGAAGGUAUAG